UUUCCCGUAGACUGAGUCCGCCUCUUAUCGAGCUCAGGUCGGCCUGCGGUGCGUUUCUCGAGGGGAUCUCUAAUAGUAUUUAAUACUUUAAUAGUUUAUCGGUUCCGAAUGGAUUGGAUAAUGCGCUAUAACCAACAUAUCGUUGACUUGAUGGUCCAGCGUCUAUCUCAGAUGGAUUGAAUGAUAGCCCCACUGCCACAGAAUGGUAGGAUUUAGUUUUUUUCGAGAAAAAAGGAAGAGAUCGACGGAGAUCUUCGGGGCCCUGCUGCUCUUGUGCGUCCUAGGGUCAGGGGCCUCGGGGCUUCCAGAGAAGCGUUCUGAAUGUCCAUAUGGGGACUAUCUCAGUGAGAAUGGGAUCUGCUGCCAGAAGUGCCCUCCAGGCUAUAAGCGGGAGAAAGACUGUGAGGCUGUUGGCAAUAGGACCAGUUGUACCCGCUGUCCCAAGGGACAGUACAACGAGCACGACAACUACAGCGACAACUGCAGGAGCUGCCAGACCUGCCGGUACUUAGAAGAAGAGGUUACCGAAUGCAAUCCCAGGCAAAACACCAAAUGUCGCUGUAAAAACGGCUACUACAAAGAUGUCAUCGACUCGAGCACCUCCCAGUGUCUCGAGUGUUCAAAGUGUGGACACGGGGAACACCAAUCAGAGAAAUGCUUUUUCGAACAGGACACUGUGUGUGUGUGUGAGAGGGACUUCUACAGAUUGAAAAACAAGUGUCUUCCUUGUAAAACCUGUACAGAAGAUUGCCAACCUCACUGUCCAUUAUCUGUCAUAACAAAUCCCAAGGACAUGGAUUUGACUCAAGUAGUGAUGAUUAGUCUGUGCGUGGUGGUAGUUCUCCUGCUGGCGGUAGGGUUUAUCACCUACACGACUACUAAACGCCACACCAGGUCACAGAUGGGGAGGUCGACCGCUAACCCCCCGGAGGCCGUGCAUGAGGAAUCAGCCAUGAUCCUGAUCCACAAUGAGGAUCCCUUGAGAAAGGGGGACAACAUGGCUAAGCCUUCCUGCAUCCUGGAUAAGGAGAAGGAGCAGAAGGAACACACCACGCUCCCUGACUGCGUCCCCCUGGAGAUCAACAUCCCGGGGCUGAUCUACUCCAUGCUGAGCCUGGUGCCCGCCCACCGGGUGAAGGAGCUGGUGCGCUGCCUGGGCGUGACCGACCUGGAGAUCGAGCGGGCGGAAAUUGACUACCACACCUGCAAGGAGGCCCACUACCAGAUGCUACGGGUGUGGGCAGAGAGGGGUUCCCGGGGCGGGGAGGCGGGCCGGGGAGGCGGUGUGUUGCACCGCCCCCUGAUGCAGCAGCUGCUGGACAGACUGAGUGACAUGCACCUGGGAGGGGCAUUGGAGGAGCUGGAGGCAAAGUACGGCAUUGUGGGAGGGCAGGUGGGAGCAGCUUAGAGUGGGCCACGGAGAGGGCACGCGCACACACACACACACACACACACACACACACACACACACACACACACACACACACACACACACACACACACACACACACACACACACACACACACACACACACACACACUCAAACACACACAAAUAGACAACAUGUAUUGUGAACGUUGGAACGUUGUUUGCAUCUGCACACAAACACGCCUUACCAAGCCACAAAUAGCGUAAUAAGCUUGAAGUUACAGUCACGGUGGAGUCAGCUACGACUCCAUUGGUGAGUUCCAAGUUUCAAUGUACCAGGAGGACCAGAAUUUGGACUUUGAUGAUAUUUUUGUACGUCUCCUCACUAACGUCAGCACAUUAUUAAGUGUUUCAUAGUAGCAACACAAAAGAAAGUCAAGGUUGUUUUGUGCCAUGAGGCAUGACUUUACUUUGGGGAAUAUAACUCACAGUCAACCUUAUUAAGUGAACCAAUAACCUGGUAGAACAUUGACCGAUGCUAGUCCUUUUAAUCAAGAGCAGAACAAACAAAGAGCAUAAAGGCAGGCAGCUAAAGAGAGCACAGGGAUACUGUCCACUUUAACUGAAGGGUUUCUUUCCAUGCAGAGCAAGGGAGCUUCAUGGGGCAGUGCACCAGACCUGUAGAUCUCAGCUCAGCUGAGGACCCGCAGAAAACAUUAAGAUCAAUCCUUACCCCCUGAAGACUCUGACUGAAUGCAGCAGAUGAACUCAAAGCACAGAUCUGACGAGCGGACCGGCCAGCUUGUUAAACAGUUCCAUCCAGCCUUUCUAAUGACGUGGAUUUAUAAAUCAGGGUCAUACCGUUUUUCAGCUUUCCGUGGCUACAUGUACAAACCUGAUACAUUUCUGCCUUAAUCAGCCAAUUGACUCUCACUCUGGCUCCCACCCUCUCCUUAAAUUCCUUUCCCCAUUCCUUUCCCCAUUAUGCAAGCAUUAUUCAUGACUAACUCACUGAAGAUCUGGACACACCCUGGCUUGCUUUACCCUAGUCAUGGAGCUUCUCUAAUGGGUCACAUGUUAAAAUAGAUCCACGGCAUUGGCAGGACUCGUGGGCUACUCUUGUAUGAGGAAGAACCAAUUGUUUAAUCAUUGACUAUAACUGAACUCAUAUGUAUAUUUUAAUCCCUUUUUGGAUUGCACAGGACAUUCUUUUUUGUUGUGAUUCAGUUUGGCACUUAAUGAU